CACUGCAACCCCGGCAACCCGCUAGCUGUUAGCAGCUGCCCAAAAUACCCAGAAAAUACCUGUGUGAAGCGGUCAACACCAGUGACGGGAUUCAUGCUACAUUGGGAUGAUGAGGAAUGUGGUUGUGAUGUCACUGUUGCUGCUGAACAUCCAGCAUGUCCUAGCAGCACCCAAAGGCGUCGCUGCCAGUCUGAAGGCCAAGUGGAACAUGACACCUUUUCUCCUGGAGACAAGCGAGUUUAUAGGGGAAGAUGGAAAUGAGAAAUUCUGGCAGUUUGUAGACACUGUGAAAGAGCUCACUGUAUACAAGCAAGGGGAGUCCGUCCGCUCGUACUACAACUUGAUCAUAAAGAAGGCAGGACAGUUCCUCACCGAUCUUCAAAUAAAUCUCCUCAAAUUUUCCCUGGCCUUACGGUCCUACUCACCAGCUGUUCAUGCAUCCCAGCAGAUAGCCAGUGAUGAGCCUCCACCCGAGGCUUGUCCUGCCUUUGUUUCCAUCCAUGGUCAACAUAGCUGCAGUAGGAAGGACAUCAAGAAGCUCCUGAAGGCAGCUGCAGGCAGGCCAAAACCAUAUUUAUACAAGAAUGAUCAUACAUAUCCAGGAGUCAAUAAAACAGACGUGCCAGUUGUGAUCCUUUAUGCUGAGAUUGGAACGAAGAAGUUCACCUCCUUUCAUAAAGUGCUGUCAGAGAAGGCUGAAGAUGGCACGCUUAUAUAUGUACUGCGGCAUUUUGUAGCGAAUCCAAAGCCUCUGAAGAUGCUUUUAUCUGGGUAUGGUGUGGAGUUGGCUAUCAAAAGCACAGAAUACAAAGCUGUGGAUGACACCAAAGUAAAAGAUUCAAAGACAGUCCUAAAUCCUGAGGAUGAUGAUAAUGACGAUUUCCAAGGAUUCCUUUUUGGGAAAUUAAAGAAAUCUCACCCUGAACUCCAGGAGCAACUCGUUGAGCUUCGUAAACAUCUCCAGGAGAGCACCAAUGACAUGGCGCCUCUCAAAGUGUGGGAACUGCAAGAUCUUAGCUUCCAAGCAGGUGCCAGAAUCUUGUCCGUGCCAAAGUUUGAUGCUCUGAAGCUCAUGCGAGAUAUCAGUCAGAACUUUCCAAGCAAAGCCAGAUCACUGACAAGAGUGGCUGUAAAGCAGGAAAUGAGAAAAGAAAUUGAGGAGAACCAAAAGCAUCUCAGUGAGACCAUUGGCGUUCACCCGGGAGACGGGGAGCUCUUCAUCAAUGGACUGCACAUUGAUUUGGACACUCACAACCCUUUCAGCAUUUUGGACAUCCUCAGAGGAGAAGCCAGGGUCUUGGAGGGUCUUCAUAACCUUGGCAUUAAAGGAGAACAUCAGGGCAUGCUGCUGAGAUUACCUGUAAACCUUGUAGAUGACAGCUAUGCUCUAGAUAUCAGACAUCCAUCUAUAAUGUGGGUAAAUGACAUUGAGAAUGACAUGAUGUACCACAGCUGGCCAACAGGUCUACAGGAGCUCCUGAGAGCCACCUUUCCUGGAGUCAUUCGGCAGAUCCGACGCAAUUUCUUUAACCUGGUAAUGUUCCUAGAUCCAGUACAGGAGGAAAGUGUUGAGCUGGUGAAACUAGCAGAGCUUUUCUACAAGCAUAAGAUUCCCCUGAGAAUUGGAUUUGUGUUUGUUGUCAACACCAAAGAUGAGAUUGAUGGCUUCUCAGAUGCGGGGGUUGGAUUUUACCGACUGCUGAAUUACAUUGCAGACGAGUACGAUGUAUCCCAGGCUCUGAUGUCUAUGGUCUCGCUGUACAACAAAGUAAAUGUAGGAGAGACGCUGUCUGUUGAUACAAUCUCUGCUUACCUGAAGAGAAAAUUCCCUAAAGCCAAUGCUGAAAGGAUUCUAGGUGUUGAGUCAGAGUAUGAUGAUAAAAGAAAGGACGGUGCCCUGUUCUACAAAAAGAGUGGCGUGGGUGCGCUACCUCUGGCUUUAUUUAACGGAGUCCCUCUGAGCCCAGAUGAGAUGGAUCCAGAGGAGCUGGAGACCAUACUCCUGCAGCACAUAAUGGACAGCACCACUACCUUCCAGAGAGCUGUUUUUAUGGGUCAGUUGACUGAGGGGACAGACGUAGUGGAUUAUAUAAUGGAGCAGGCCAAUGUGGUUCCCAGGAUGAACCCUCUUAUUCUAAGCACAGACCGAAAGUACCUCGACUUCACUGCCACCCCAGUUGUAGAUGACUGGGAGGACACAACGAUGUUUUCAUUCUUCGACUCCAGAGACAAGACUGCUGUGAUGGCGAAGAGAAUGAAGUACUUUACAAACAACGAUGACGAUGGGAUGAGCGCUGUUACCAUGUGGAUAGCAGGAGAUUUCGAAAAAGUCUCAGGAAGAAAAUUGUUGCUCAGUGCUCUAAAACAUGUGAAGUCGAGCCCUGGAGUGCGCAUUGGGGUGAUAGAUAACCCCAGCGGAAAACCUAGCGAAGAUAACACGGUGCUAUACAGGGCUAUCUGGGCCUCUUUCCUCACCCAGAAGAAUAAGGCUGCAGCAGAGUUUGUGCAAAAACUCCUGAAAGAGCAGAGCAGCCAGCUCCUCCAGCAGGGGACCAAGAUGAAGGACUUACUGAUGCAGGGCAUGGAUAAAGAUGCCUUUGAAAAAAAGUUCAAUACGCUGGAAGUGGAUUUCAUCCGAACUCAACAGAUCUUCUGUCAAGACGUCCUGAAACUGAGUCCUGGACAGCGGGCAGUGAUCAGCAAUGGCCGGAUCCUCGGUCCGUUUGAGGAGCAGGAGGAGUUCACUAUGGAGGAUUUCCACUUGCUGGAGAGGAUUACACUGAGAAGUUCUGCAGAGAAAAUCAAAGCCAAAGUUAAACAGAUGGGGAUGAAGCCAAAGCAGGCCAGUGACUUAGUCAUGAAAGUUGAUGCCCUUCUAACUGCAGCCCCCAAAGGAGAGGCCAGAAGAGAUGUCCAUUUUAUCAAAGACAGCCACAGUGUACUCCAGCUCUCCCCGCGUGAGAAUGAAGUGUUCUAUGAUGUGGUGGCCAUCGUUGACCCCCUCACCAGGGAGGCGCAGAAGAUGUCCUCUCUGCUGAUUGUGUUAAGUCAAGUAGUCAAUGUGAGACUGCAGGUGUUUAUGAAUUGCAGGGCCAAGUUGUCCGAGAUGCCCCUCAAGAGCUUUUACCGCUUUGUCUUGGAGUCAGACGUGGCUUUCUUGGCCAACGACACAGUGUCUGCAGGACCAGUUGCUCGCUUCAUGGAGCUCCCUGAAUCUCCACUUCUCACACUUAAUAUGAUCACACCAGAGAGCUGGAUGGUGCAGGCUGUGCGCAGCCCUUAUGACUUGGAUAACAUCCACUUGCAGGAGGUGAACGGAGUUGUGGCAGCAGAAUAUGAGCUGGAGCACCUCCUGUUGGAAGGCCACUGCUUUGACCUGUCAACUGGUCAGCCUCCCCGUGGACUGCAGUUUACUCUGGGCAUGAGUCUGGACCCACUCAUGUAUGACACUAUUGUCAUGGCUAACCUGGGAUAUUUCCAGCUGAAAGCCAGUCCUGGUGCCUGGAUCCUGAGAUUACGUAAAGGGAGAUCAGAGGAUAUCUAUCAGAUCCUCACGCAUGAUGGAACUGAUUCCCCUGCAGACGCUGGUGAUGUCGUUGUUGUGCUUAACAGUUUUCACAGUAAGAUCAUCAAAGUCAGGGUGCAGAAAAAAGCAGAGAAGAUCAGCGAAGAUCUUUUAAGUGAAAGUAAUGAAAGCAAAGGCCUGUGGGACUCCAUAGCAAGCAUCACAGGUGGAGGCUCCAAGAAGGAUGAGGGACAGAAGAAGAAAGAGGAAGUUCUGAACAUAUUUUCUGUGGCCUCAGGCCAUCUAUACGAGCGCUUUCUGAGAAUAAUGAUGCUGUCUGUCAUUCGGCACACCAAAACACCUGUCAAGUUCUGGUUUCUCAAGAAUUAUCUCUCCCCAUCAUUCAAGGAGACCAUCCCUCGCAUGGCAGAGUCGUACAGCUUUGAGUAUGAAUUAGUGCAAUACAAGUGGCCCCGUUGGCUCCACCAGCAGACUGAGAAGCAGCGCAUUAUCUGGGGAUACAAGAUCCUCUUCCUGGAUGUUCUGUUCCCCUUAGCUGUGGACAAGAUCAUCUUUGUGGAUGCCGACCAGAUUGUUCGGGCCGAUCUGAAAGAAUUGAGAGAUUUAGAUCUGGAGGGUGCACCUUAUGGCUACACACCAUUUUGUGACAGCCGCAGAGAGAUGGAAGGCUAUCGCUUCUGGAAAACCGGCUACUGGGCGUCACAUCUAGGAAACAGGAAAUACCACAUCAGCGCUCUGUAUGUAGUCGAUUUAAAGAAGUUCCGUAAGAUUGCAGCAGGGGACAGAUUACGAGGCCAGUACCAAGCCUUGAGCCAAGACCCCAACAGUCUCUCUAACCUGGACCAGGACCUUCCUAACAACAUGAUCCACCAGGUGGCCAUCAAAUCUCUUCCUCAAGAAUGGCUGUGGUGUGAAACGUGGUGUGACAACACCUCCAAGCUCGCAGCUAAGACUAUCGACCUGUGCAACAACCCAAAGACCAAGGAGCCCAAGCUAACAGCAGCAGCACGGAUUGUACCUGAAUGGGUUGAAUAUGACAACGAGAUCAAACAGUUACUGAGACAAAUCCAGGAACAGGAAGAACCAGCAACUCCUUCACAACAUAUAAAAGACAACAAGCGAGAUGAACUUUAACACCAUGGUGAAGAGGAAGAAGGCAGCACCUUUUGCAUGCAGGUCAACUGUGAAGUUUGAAGACAAUUUCAUCCAAACUUAGCUGUGGACUGUUACAUCCCCAGCUGGGGAAGAUGAUAUUUUGCCAUAUUUGCUUCUGCAGUCAAUACGUCUUACAACACGUGAUGUAAGUGUUACCUUCCAACUGUGAACUCAGUGCACCACCAGCACUACAGUCGGAUCAUUAGUAUGUGGUUAUCGGAGUAUGAAGAGUAAAGGAGUGAGGUCAGUUAAAGCACUCUUAAACACGUGUGUGUUUGAGAAUAAAUUGUUGCCAUUUAUUGCACUGAUAAUGUAUGCAAUGAGUCAAAGGGUAAAGCACAUCCCUGAAUAACUAAUUUUAAUGUUUUGGGUUUUUUUGUUUAAAACUCUUUCAAAAAACGUAUGCAUAAGUAUUGUUAAUUUGACAUUGUAAAUGUAAAACUUUGUCGCCUUUGACUGAAAUUCCCAAACCAAAGUCAUAACAUUUAGCAGCAAACAAAGACAAGUGACUAUUCUUUAAACCCCGCCCCCCAAACAGUGAUCGUCCAAUUAUAGAUUAGCAACCGUAACUAGGCAGAGCAGGCCUGUGAAACUUGUGAAAUUUCUCCACAUGCAAAGAAGUGUGCAUGGAGUCGUAGUAUUAGUAAGAGCAAUAAUGCACAUUUAAAGUCCGCCUCCACUCAAAAAUGUGUUCUGCUUAUUGUAACUUCACUUGGAUGUUUGAUUUCUCUGUGCUCACCUUAAAUCUUAGUUUAAGGUGUAUUCUUACGCCCAUGAUUUGUUAAAUGACAAUUAACUUUUUGCCAAUCACGUACCAUUAUGCAGAUUGAAACCUCCAGUUCACAUAAAAUAAGAAUAGACUUUACACUGAACUAUCUCACAUCCAGCAGGUACAUUUUUAUGCCAAAUAUUCAUGGGUUCGCAAUUUUUAAUUGGGGAGAAGAAUUUUAAGGAUUUUAAUGAGGUCACUGAACUUUUUUGGGGUGGGGAUCUAAGUGUUUAGAGUGUCCUUUUUUUGUUAUAGCCUUUACAAAACCAAAAACAGAAGAACAUUAUUUCAUGGGGUUACUUUAGAAAAGAAACUUUUCCAUACUAGACAAACAAUGUUUUUCCUUCAUUUCAGUGUCUUCUACGUUGAUCAUCAACUUUUGCCUGGAAUAUGUAGCAUUAGUCUCACUCAUUUAAUCACAUCAUGUGCACAUUUCAGAGCCUUUUACUGGAUUCUCAAGAGUUUUAGCAUUUGUUUAUUUGUUUGUUACAGCUGAUUAAAGUUGGCCAGAAAAAGUUGUGAUUUUAGCCUACAAAAUCCACGAUAGUUGGCAAAGUCUUGUUUACUUUUGUGUCAAAUCAACCGAUUUUUUUUCCAAAAUUAUUGUAAUUAUUACAAUGUUAGCUAUACAGUAUCUGCCAAUUAGUAAACAUCAUCUGUGUCUGUUCCUGCUGCAAAGUCACGUGACACUAUAUUAAAUAUGUAGUAUGACUUUGGCUCAGCAGACGGGAGUUACACAUCAAAGAAUCCUCAUUUGCACAUUUCAGGUCCUGGUUUGUGGGUAGAAUAUAGGAUUUUAAGUUAUUACAGUAUGUUUACAUCUUGUGUAAGUUCACCUUCAGUGUAUUCAUCGUUACUUUUUCCACAUUUUGAUUCCUUAAUGAACGAGUAUCUUUGUCUCAGGAAUAUAAUGGGUGUUGCUGCUUGACUGAAGCCAAGAGUAUUUUUUUUCUGUCUAAAAAGUCAAUAGAAAAUGGUUCCUCAAAGUUUGCUCUCAGGGCACCCAUCUUUCACUGUGCUGUGUCAAACAAAUGUUUAUUACUGUGUGGUUGGGGAAGAAAUAAAUCUUUGCAACAAAAGUCAUUACAAAAGCUGUUUGUGGAUUCAGUCGUCCCCUAAUGUGGUCAAUGAAUGUGAGAUUCAUACAGCAAAAGUCUAAAUUGAACAGAUUUUCUUGCACUAUAAAUGCGUUUGUCACCAU